UGAGAUGAGAAACAAAUUAACUAGAAAGUAAGAAGAAAUACAAGGAAUAAAUGGUCAUCUCUUUUUUUCAGAGAGCGAGAGUACAAACGAGCCCCAGCCCCCAACUAGUAACAGCUAGCACUAGUACUACAAUUAUUUGAACUAUUUUCUGAUACUGCAGCAAUAUUCACUAUAUAUCCCAACUAAUGGAAGCAGAUGGGAAUCACAAGGGCAUGGGCAACAGCAAUGGAGAUUACUGUGAUAUCAUUGGUUGGUUCGAGAGCAUAUCGGAGAAUGCCGGGAUGGUUCAGACAGAGACGCUUCGCCGGAUUCUUGAGCAAAAUUCCGGUGUGGAAUAUCUCCGGAAAUGGCUGGGGGACGUCAAAAUCCAAGAAUUAGAAGCAAGUGCAUUAGAGUCCCUUUACGCCUCUUUGGUGCCUCUUGCCUCCCAUGCAGACUUGGAGCCUUAUAUCCACAGAAUUGCAGAUGGGGAGACCUCCCCUUUACUCACUCAACAGCCAAUAACUACUCUCUCGUUAAGCUCUGGAACCACAGAAGGAAGACAGAAAUACGUGCCCUUCACUCGCCAUAGCUCCCAGACUACCCUGCAGAUUUUUAGCUUAGCAGCAGCUUACAGAUCAAAGCUUUAUCCAGUACGGGCAGGAGGAAAGGUGCUUGAGCUCAUAUAUAGCAGUAAACUGUUCAAGACAAAGGGAGGCCUGACAGUAGGGACAGCCACGUCCCACUAUUUUGCCAGUGAAGAGUUCAAGAUCAAGCAAGAAAAGACUAAGUCAUUCACUUGCAGCCCAGAGGAAGUGAUUUCUAGUGGAGACUAUAAGCAAUCCACAUACUGUCAUCUCCUCCUUGGCCUCUUCUUAUCUGACCAUGUGGAGUUCAUAACGUCCACCUUUGCUUAUAGCAUAGUGCAGGCUUUUAGAGCAUUUGAAGAGCUAUGGAGAGAAAUAUGCAAAGACAUCAGAGAAGGCGCUCUUAGCUCAAGAAUCACCUUACCAAAUAUGAGAAAGGCGGUCUUGGAAAUCAUCUCACCAAACCCAUGUUUGGCUUCGCGGAUUGAAACAAGUUGCAAGGAGUUGGAAGAUGCAGACUGGUUUGGCCUAAUUCCUAAGCUUUGGCCGAAUGCGAAGUAUUUGUAUUCUAUAAUGACAGGAUCAAUGCAACCUUACCUAAAAAAACUAAGGCAUUACGCCAGGGACUUGCCUUUAGUGAGCGCUGACUAUGGUUCGACAGAGAGUUGGAUCGGAGUGAAUGUGGACCCUUCUUCUCCUCCAGAGGAUGUUACUUUUGCAGUCAUACCAACAUUUUCUUACUUCGAAUUUAUACCACUUCAUAGGCAAAACAAAGAUUGCUAUUCAGCCAAUAUCGAUGAUUUCAUAGAAGAUGAACCAGUACCACUCUCUCAAGUCAAAGUUGGGCAGGAAUAUGAGAUUGUCCUCACUACAUUUACGGGGCUUUACAGGUGCAGGUUAGGAGAUGUGGUUGAAGUGGCUGGUUUUCACAAAGGAACACCCAAACUGAACUUUAUAUGCAGGAGAAAGCUAAUAUUAACAGUCAACAUUGACAAAAACACUGAAAAAGAUCUUCAGAUAGUGGUGGAGAGGGGUUCACAGCUACUGACCAAAGCAAGAGCAGAGCUAGUUGACUUCACGAGCCACGCGGAUGUGGCAAAACAGCCUGGCCACUACGUGAUCUACUGGGAGAUUAAGGGAGAUGUGGAGGAGAGGGUUCUCGGGGAGUGCUGCCGGGAAAUGGAUGCAUCUUUCGUGGACCACGGUUAUAUCGUAUCGAGGCGAACCAAUUCAAUUGGACCUUUAGAGCUUUGCAUUGUGGAGAGAGGAACUUUUAGGAAGAUCUUGGAUUAUUUUGUGGGGAAUGGGGCUGCAAUGAGCCAAUUCAAGACCCCUAGAUGCACUAGCAACCAAGUCCUCCUGAAAAUCCUCGAUGUCUGCACAAUUAAAAGAAUCCACAGCACAGCAUAUGGGUGACAGAAACACAGGCAUGGGUCUGAAGAAGGAAACUAGCCCUGGAAUAGUCCCGGAUUGACAUAGACCCGGUUAGGAAAGCUAGGUGCGUUUUCCUGUUAAGGCGUGUAGGUUGAGGUCAGCCCCGUUAAUUGACCUGGUUAAGGUUGAGGUCAGCCCUGUGUUAAUUUGACCUGGUUGUAAAUGGUGCUGCUCCACCCUUAAGUGAGCUAUUUGUGGAAUCUUCUGGCUUGCGAGCUAGAGGCGGGGACGUAGGCACAGUUGGCUGAACCCCGAUAACAUAUCGUGUGUCUAUUUACAUUUCAGCACUUUAUAUUUACUGCACGUAUAUGUUAUUGUAUGAAUGAUGUGCAUGAUUUAAAUUCCACGUAUUUAAUUAUCAGC